UUUUGAAGCGUUCAGGGGGUAGCCUGUAGUAAAGACAACAUUACUCGGCUAUAAAAAGCGCGGCAGACUUGCAAAGUAGCUCAGUUGAAUGAACAUACGCCAUGCAGCAGAUACAGUCUUGGUCAUCAAUUCUGGUGGUUUUAGCAGCCUUGUUGCUGAAUCAGGUGACAAUUUCACAAUGUUAUUCUCAUUUCACUUUGAAGUCCUCAAAGACCAACGGUCUACCUAUUGACCCGGCGAUGGAAAAAAUUCAACCCAGAACUAUUGACUGUGGCGAUGCACUUCAGCGGCCGAGUAAAAAAGAUUUAAACGAGAGGAAGCUUCGUAGACGUCUUGCGGGGAGCAUUGACGAGCGAUUUUUGUCCAUAAUGGAGCCCUUGCACUCAUCGGAUACAUUUGUGAGACAAGUUUCGUUGCGUGGCAUCAGCACGUCGGAAAAGAAUUUACUCAGGCAAAUCAUCAGGAAUGAGACAUCACCAAAAAUGGGCAAGCCAUCCCCGUUUAUAGAGAGAUAUAUGAUGAAAUGGCUCAUUCAGAAAUCAGACUGUCCUGUUGAAUACACUUGGAAAGAUUUGGGAUUCUGUUAUUGGCCUCGCUGGAUAUCGGUAAGAACAUUUUUUUUUUUUAUAUAUAUACUUUGACAUAUCGACCUCGGAUAGCUAUGAAACACGUACCCCAUAUGUGAACAAAUAUGUAGAUGAAGGUGUGUGGCUAAUUAUAAUCUCAGUUACAGAUAGAUUUUCGUCGAUUUCCGAGCAAUCAGUUAGAAUUUCAGCCCACUUUUCAGCCAUCGUGAGUUCAAAAAAACCUUAAUUUGUCAGCUGUUCAGUUGCUGAAAGCUACAAUUUUUGACUUAUUCUCAGUUGCUGGUUUGUACUUCCAGAAUACGCACAUUCACGAUUAAACAAAGCGUAUUAAACAGAGUUUGGUCUCGUUCUUGGUAAAAGAAAACAAACUUGCGCCACAGGACCCCAGUAAUUAGUCAGUUCUAAGAGGCCUUUCACCACGGAGGAGUCAAAAUUGAGAGUCUAAUUAUUAGGUAACAUUAUUAUCAAGAAGAGUGUUUCUUCAAGAUCCGUUUCCAGAGUAACUUAAUAGUUUUUAAAUGGCCACACCUUCAAGAGAAUCCGCAGAGUCAACAGGCAGACUGAUUACGUUGUAUGUGGGACAGGAUCUUGGGCAUCCUCGGAGACCCACGGCAGGGGCAGCUAGUCGGGACGAUAGCAUUGGCGGAUCCAUACAUUCAGAUAAGGGGAGUAGGGGCGCGGUCAUUCGGACCCUGAGAUAAGGGGGAUGCCCGGUCUCAAAACAAAAAUUUUCUGCCCUUCGUGCCUCAGUUUGGUCUAAUUAGCCCCUCCCCUAGAUCCGCCAUUGGAUAGAAUGUUCGUAGUGAAAGUUUACUAUAAGAUCGAACAUUCUAUCGUCCCGACUAGCUGCCCCUGGGUCUCCGACGAUGGAUCUUGGUAAGCGGACUGCAAUAGGUCGCAAUAGUCAGUGCGGUGAAUCAUUUGUUAAGUUGAAAAAGUCAGAGUUGCUAAUCUUGGUACUCCCAACGUCACACACCGAUCAUUCUCCUUAGCAGCUUUCAAUUCAAUCAUAAAUUGAGAAGCAAAGGCAAAGACUCGAAAGUUGGAAAAUCAUGACGCCACUUAAAGCAUCACAAGCGAUACAACAUUUCAUUGAACUGCAUUCAGGUUUAUUUCUCCAAUUUUAUUUAAAUGGCUUCAAUCUAUACAAUAAGAAAAAGGUCUUUUAAGCAUACUAUACAGAGGGAGGGUUAGAGUAUAUAGUCUACGCUCUGACAUGCAAAGAUAUAGUUUCAUCAAGUGAGUUGAUAAGGUAGAAAGAACUGAUUUGGGAUUCUGUCAUCGGUCUCGCUGGUCUGACAAGUGCCUAUGAAAGCAUGACUAAGCAAUGCACAUGCAAUGCACAUGCAAUGCACAAUGCACUGCCUUUUUGUUUCAUGUUAAUCUGUUUUCUCAACGUGUUUCUAACAUGACUGAUAACAAGAGGGCAGAAUUUGUCACUGUUGUGUCACUGAAUUGCUGUUGUUCAAUUCAAAGUAUAAACCAAUGAUCCGCGGGAGAUAACGAAUUAUUUGCAUGCACGCGUCUAUAUAUGGUUACAUGAAAAUUGUUACUUGACUCUGCAUGAAAUCAGUAGCUUAUUAGCGAUAUCCCCUCUUAGAAAGAUACCGUGGAGCGUGUCAUAUUGUUCUAUUUUUAUGUUUUUAAAAAUGAAGUUAAGGGCAUGUUACGAUGUAUAUAGUCCAUGCAAAGGCGAAAAUCCUCAUGCACUCCAUUAAUAGGCUUUUAGGGGGGUGUGACUUAAGCUCUUUUUGACGAUGCUAUGGUUAACCUCUAUCGAAACCCAAACGAGAGAAACACAACUCAGAAUUCCUAAUCUAAAAAUGGGCGAACUUUCGGCCAAAGGACUGUGAAAUUCAUGCAAUUACUGGUUACAAUUUAUUUAAAUCAUGAUUAGGCAAAAAUCUUUAAAUAAAUAAAUAAAUAAAUAAAUAGAUGAAUAAAAUAUGCAAUUAUGACGUAACUUGAGGAAUGUUUGUAUAAACUAGAGCUAGAGUUAUUUAAAGAAAUUAAAGUACUCAUGAUACGCCCUAAUAAAUAAAAAUAGGUUACUUUUAACGUUUCCCUUGGCAGAAUAUUUGAAGCAAGAUUCCUCCCUGAAAACGCAUUGCACACAGCAACCGCCUUAAGUGACCGUAAUAUAAAAACAAUCCAUCAGGAAAUCAAAACAACAAGUUCACACGCGUCCUCAACGCAAAGCUUGUUAAACUUUGCGUGCCGGCAUACCGAGUAGGUCCUUUUGCGGUUGAAUUAUUCAGGAUUUGUAGGUCAUGAUCGUAACCCCUUAUUGAACUCAUUAAUUUGACAAGUAAUCUUGCAAAGUGAAUGUAUUUUUUACACGAGUGGGAAAGUGAUUUUAAGUUUGACGAUCAAAUAAUGAAAAUGGAGAAAGAUUUGUUGAGUUCUUUGGUUCAAAUUCCAAACUCAGGAAUGCAAAUGACUUUGGUUACUUAGUGACGAGGGCCCUUAGUUCGCGCGCUACGCGGCUUAGUUGCCUCAUUGUGAAACUGAUACAACAAGAGCCUCUGGAUAAUGGAUUUAACGGAUCUAAACUCCAGCCAACAGAAAUAUUCGGAAGCGGCCGGGAAGUUCAGAUCAAUAGCUAAAAAUUGGAUAAGCAAUCAAGUAAGAACAGAUUGCAAAAACAGUUGAGAUUUUAUUGUUGAUGAGAGGUAGAGUGCUCUACUUACAUCGAUUUAUCCCCUGGAAGCCGGAAAAUACGAUUGGGACAACGUUUGUGCAGAACACGUUCACUAGUUCACUGAUGUUCGUCAGCUGAAUUGGGCCAAACGCUAUUCUCUCUAUGCACUCUUGAUUACUCUCUCUUUAAGAAUAUUGGUCCCUUCUUUCUUUUAUUUAAAUUUUUAGGCAAGAAACUCGGCGCGUACUAAAACUUAUUAAGGCUGAUUUCGCUGCACUAAUAGAGAAGUACGUGGGAGCAGGGGCUUACGCACUUUAGUCUAAACCAAAAGAUAACGGUAUAGUAAAAUUCAGAAGAGUUUGAUUCCUUAAAAGAUGACUUAUUGGAAACUAGGAUAAAGAUCCUGAAAUCUGGACAUUUAUUUAUUUAACCCUUUGAAUAUAAGAGGAUUUCCCCGCCUAGGACCACCAUUAAAGAGAUGUUAAAUUAGCUCUGCGUACACACGGUUGAAUUUCCUUAACAUCUGUUCAGAGUUUAGGAAUAUUUCUGAAAUUCAAUUAAUUUGGAAUACAGACCAAACUGAAAUGUAUUGAUUUUUGGCUUCAUUCCGGCCAGCAGCACAAGCCAUAGUGGCUGAGCACUUACAGUCACGAGCCUUUGUUUUCAAAAGGAAAUCUUCAUUUUUAAAGAAAAACGCUUUCGAAAGAAAACGACCAUCAUCUCCUACAGUAUAAACUUUAGAUCGCUAUUUAGCAAAAGUUAGUUGAAAAAGAAGUAUAAGAAAGAAAGAGAGGAGAUCGAAGUUUUUUGUAAGUGAGUAUGUCCUCAAGUACAACCAGUUGAACAUUAUGAAAAGGGAGAAAAUGUUUAGGCAACACGGUUUUCGUCAGGACCUUAACGGAAUGUGAACAGGUAUUUUGAUUCGUUUUUGAAUGUUUCGGCCAGUUUUUAAAAGCCAUAAUCUCACAUGAAAAAUUAAGGUUUAAGGCGAAGAGUAAUGGUAGAUAAUCGUUAACACGUCAUCAAGGAAACUGUUGAAUCUUUAGAGGUAGCACGUCCGUUUUUCGAACUGAAAUAACAUUAGAUUAAGGAUGGGGCAAUUUUUCUGUCUUUAAUCCAGCUUAGCUGACACGAGCCCCUCUUUUUGGUUUUACCAACAAAGAAAGCAUUCUUAAACUUACACGUGUCGUUUCUUUCAACUGGCUUAGUGAAGUCAAGUGAAAGCGGGCCAAGUAUUCAAAAGUGAAGAACAACGGGAUUAAAAAUAUUUCAGUAUUUUACCGCUUGUCAAGCUUAGAUUAACGAAAUUCAUUCACCUACACAGGCAGGAGGUUGCAAAAACAGAUCUACACAACACUAAGAAGCUAUAAUCGGGUAAUAACAUCUACAUUUAGCAGUGAUAUAUUAAACUACAAAAAUAGCUUUGGCAGGAACAUUCCAUUCAACGAAAUUCAAGGACGUUCACGAUUUUAAAAUACUGCCUGCCUAUACGAAAAUUAGCUUCUCUUAAAAAAGGCAUUAAACUAUAACCAAAAACUUAUCAACUUUCAGGGGGUAAAGAGGAAUGAUGGUAUGUUCAUAUCCAUUAUAUAUUCUUCAAAAUUUUUAUAUUCCAUCCUAUUCCAGUCAACAUAAAUUAUCAUUCCGUUUGAAAACUAAAUCACUACAUGGCAAAACGUUAUUUCGUUGUUGUCCCCGAUGAACUUAGCCAAAAGUUUAAACCCGCUAAAACUUCAUUUAUGUCCUUAUUUUUAUUAACUUUUAAUAAUUAAAUCGUUUCCUUCAUAAGGCUCCUGCUUUUUAAUUCAUGUCUUUAAUCUAUAAGCUAAGGAGAAAGGGAUUAUUUUCAGAAGACGUAUUGAUGAAAGUCGCAAUAAAGGUGUCGACUUAAAGUUUAGUGAAAAUAGUAACGCUUGUUACCAACUGACACAAUUCGUUAACGUGGUCUUCUUAAUCAACCUCACUUUACUCGCGGCAGUCUUCAACGUUGGUCGGGAGAAAUAGCACUGAGAUGUUACUUAGAAGUGAAUGUCGCAUUAAUUUUUUAUUGUUCCUGAUUUAUAUAGUUACAGGAGUGACGAAUUUGUGACUUUACGACCACGCAAAAUAUCAGCCAGAGAUUGACACCCACCAAACUUUGAAUAAGAGCAACUUUCUGCAGAUUUUAUAACUUUUUGUUGGUGACGUGUGUCAAGAAAGAAUAACCGUUCAGCAAUCUGGCGACCUUAGAUGUUUUGCACAAUAUUUUUUAAAACACUUACUACGUAAAUUCAUCCCAACACGAACGAUCCUCGAUGAAUGCCCAUGUUCAUACGUACAAGCAACAUGGCAAGCGUUGUUAGGUUCCAUAUUAAUUUUACUUAUUUAAUGUUUAUUUUCUAGUUGGGCCGCUGUGUAAACAAGCAGUGUUCCUGGCCUUUGGGAAUGUCAUGUGCUGCCUCCGAACUUGCCCCUGUUUACUUAUUACGCUGGAACUGCAAAAAACGCGGCGGGAAAAAAGCAAGGAGAGGGACUGACUCCGAGCGUGUUUCCUGCCGAUGGGUGAAGUUCAGGUAUCCCAUCAUUCAUCAGUGCAAGUGCAAGUGUCAAGAAAAGAGAGAGAAUGGGCACGAAACAUCGUCGGAACUGUUGUCUCCUGGUCUGCUAGAGCGAAUUGCAGGGAACUAA